GGACCAAAUAGGACGAAAAAAAGAAAAGACUGACGCCCCCAUGGACCAGGACGUGGAGACCCUUGCCGAGGACGACGCACUCGCAGGCGGCGACGGCGGCGAAGCCGAGAGAUUCGAGGCGGAGGCGGAGGCCGAAAUCCUCCGCGACCGCCUUAGGCUUGCCGUCAUCAACAUCGCGACCUCUGAAGGGAAGAAGGCGGGCAUGGACGUCGCGGACCCCGUCGUCGCCUGCAUCGCUGAUUUGGCCUUCAAAAGUGCAGAGCAGCUGGCUAAAGACGUCGAGCUGUUUGCACAGCAUGGUGGUCGCAAAUCUAUCAGGAUGGAAGAUGUUAUCCUCACAGCGCACAGAAAUGAGCACCUUAUGGGCCAGUUGCGGACCUUUUCUCAAAAUCUGAAGGGAAAAGAGCCUUGCAUGGGAAGGAAGAGAAAGAUAUCAUCCAAGAAGGCUGAUAAAGUGACUGAAAUCUGAUUUUCGAUACGCGUCGAAUCACCCGUCUCCUCCCAUUGCGCAAAGAUAAAUGUUGAAGGAAGUGCGCAAGCACCCAAAUUCGGGAGAUUGCUUACAUACAUGCAGGGCGCUGUUCCCAGAUUUCGAGUGGUAAUUGGCAUGUCGAGAAAUCUGUUGUUGCACGAAAUCUUGUGAUGCUGGGGUCUAGUGGUACUAGCAUGUUCAGUUGUUCAGAAAUCUGUCGUUGCACGUAUUCUUGUGCUGCCAUCUUUUCUAGCUCGACUGACUUUUGCGCAUGGAGCACUAGUGCAUUGUGCAUUACUGAGAUCACGUAACUGUGUUUGUGACCAUUUGUUAAGCUCGAUCAGCCACGGGAAACUAAUGGACAACUUCAGAGCC